UACAUUUAACGGCUUGAAAUGGGGAUCGAAACAGGCUGGCUAUUCUCUAUUCUCUCGCACGGGGCUGCUUUCUCCCGAUUCCUCUUGGUUCCCUUCGCUUUCCCCAAACUAGUGCGCGACAGCCUCCGUGCGGGCGACGGGAUUCGAAGGAGAGCGGAGCAAGCGGCAGCACCGGCCGGCGAUUCCUCAUCCAAUUGCAGAACAAUGAUAAAGCUUUUUAAAAUUAAGGACCAAAAACGUGAGGAUGCAGCAAAUUCCAGUGGAAAGGCUCCUAUCAAGAAACAAAGUGCUGGAGAAUUGCGUCUCCACAAGGAUAUUAGUGAGCUGAAUCUACCAAAAAGCACGGACAUAACAUUUCCAAAUGGCAAGGAUGAUCUGAUGAAUUUUGAAAUCAGCAUAAGACCUGAUGAAGGAUACUAUCAAGGUGGUACGUUUAUUUUCACAUUCCAAGUAUCUCCUUCUUAUCCUCACGAACCACCAAAGGUCAAAUGCAAGACAAAGGUUUACCAUCCUAAUAUUGACUUGGAGGGAAAUGUCUGCCUUAACAUUCUGCGUGAAGACUGGAAGCCUGUGCUUAACAUUAAUACUAUUGUUUAUGGCUUGAUUCUUCUCUUCAUGCAACCCAAUGAUGAGGAUCCCCUAAAUCAUGAGGCGGCAGUGGUUCUCCGCGACAACCCCAAGUUAUUCGAGACGAACGUGAAAAGGGCAAUGACCGGAGGUUAUGUGGGUCAAGUCUACUUCCCAAGGUGCACAUGACCAAAGGCUAAGUGCAUAACAUUGCAAACUGUGUCCUGGGAAACAACGGUUAUGGUCGAAAAGAGUGUCUUGUGGUGCUAUAUAAUAUGAAACCAUUUGUAUUUGGCAUUAUCGCUGUAACUUGGUUCAAAGAUUAGGCCAUGGCGGCCAGUUUGCAUGCA